CAUAUAUUUAUUGCUCUCUCUGUUUUCCAAACUAUAAACUACUGUUUGCAUUAUUUUUCUCUCUAUAUUUCUUCCUGUUUGAAUCAGUUCUAUAUUCUCAUCAUAUUCUUCUUUUAUUCAUUUUCUCCAACAUACUUUCUCACCAUCAUUCAUUCUACUAUUUUAUUCCCAACUACCUCUUUCUAUCUUUUCUCACUUUCCAUUAAUCUCCUUCUCCCUCUCUGCCUCAUCAUUAGAGUAUUACCUAAAUGAAUUUAAAAGAGUUAACGUUUCCAAAUGAAGUGAAUUUAUUGAGAACUAGAAUGAGAUGAUAGUAUAUUACCGUGGAACAUGAGAGAAUUGAGUGGUAAGUCGGAAAAUAGUAUCACUACUGCUUAGACAACAGCGACAAGGACAACAUCAAAAACAAUAACAGCAGCGGCAGCAGUAGCAGUUACAGCAGCAGUAGCAUCAACAGCAGAGGCAGUGGAAACAGUUUUGGUGGUGGCGGCAACAGCAGCAGCAACUGGGUUUUGUCGCAGAGGCAUAAUUGAGGUAAAAGAAAAAGGAAAAAGAGGAAAAGGAGAAGUGUAAGACAAGAAAUAGAAGCCAUAAACCAUGAAGUGGAUACACAUUGAUAAGAAAUAGCCAGAAAUGUCUGGGGGGGGAUCUCUACAAAAAACAUCUUUCCUACACCCCACCAAAAACAAAACAAAACAAAACAAAGCAAAAAGAAAACAAAAUUAAUAUGAAAAAUAUUUUAAAAUACAUGUAUUGUAAAUCUAUACCAUUUUAAGUAUAUGUUAAGAAUUAAAGAAAGUAAAAUCCCUUCUUUGCUGUUGAAGUAUCACCUAACAAGGAAUACCUUUUUUCCCAAUUUCACUGUAUAACUUGUUUUGCUUGCGUGGAGGAAGAUUUGACAAUUUACCAUAGUACUACUAGCAGCAUCAGAACUAGCAAGAGGCAUUAAAGAGGAGGAAAAAAAAACAUCCAAAAACCAACAAUGUUGUACCUUUUGCCAAUAAGUCCUGUUAGGCUUUGGGCUGAAGUAUUUCGGGUUCAUGGAGAUGGGGAGUACAUGCGAUGGGAACGUGUAUCAGAUGAUGUGGUGCCUGUGAACAUAUCCUGUAUUGAAGAUACUCCGGACACAAUAUUUCAAAUAACUGCUUACAAUCGACAUGUGGAGAAAAUAUUUGAUGUUAAAAUAGUCCAGCCAGGAACUAUUAUUUGCCCUGCCACAGAUUGUUUUGUGCACUGGCGAGAUCCUUGGUAUGACUGUGAGUGGGGUCUCAAUUUCACGUCAGCUCCGGAUGCACGGAAAUUUAGGGACUGUUGUUCAUCUUUGAGUGACACUGUAAGACAGUUGGUUAAAGCUUUUAGCCAAAACAGUGGUCUGGCACAUUCUGUACGUGUUCACUCUUGGAAUCAACGUCAUACAAUAAGUGGCCAUGAAUUCUCCAUGAGUUCAAGCAGCAUAAGUACCAGAGUGACCAAUGCUACUACUUCAACCAUCACAUCCACCAAUAAUACUGCAAUAACUUUAGCAGCAAAUAAAUUCGCCACUGCUGUUGCUACCACCGCCGCCACCACCACCACCACCACAGCAACAACAACAACUACUGCUGAUCUUAAACCUUCAACUGAUGCUAAGUUAAGAAAAAUAACUGAAGAUAAGGCUUCAAGACACAGCAUCUGUAUAGAUACAAUUCUGUUUCCCACACAGAGAUUCGCACGGAAGGCUUCCUCAGCCAACUCUCUACGUCUGAGUCCACCUAAGACUCACAACAAUUUGGGGAAUAUUUCACUGCCUUAUAUUGGUGGUGCAGCAGAAGAAAAAUUAUCAAACUGCCAGUUCUGCUUUCGCAGUAUUCCAAAUUUGCAGAGGCCACAGGCAAAGUUCUCAUCAGUUUCCUCUCCAAAUUCACCUGUUGCUCAGUCACGACGAGUAAUUUCUUCUCCAUUGACCCUGGCCUCCGAUGUUAAUGCACAAGGCUAUGCUUCUGAUUCUGAUGUUGUGGACUCACAUGACUCCCAGUGCUGCCCUCCUUCCUCCUCCGACGUAGGUGUUCUCAAUGAGGCUGCGACCAUGCCCAGGAUGAAGCACCGCGAGGUGCAUGAUUCACGUUCACUUCAUCGGCCUGCACUAUCAAAGCCUGCAUCUGAUGUGUCAGUUUAUGAUAAUGUAUCAUCGUCUCCUGCCCGUCGAUCAUUGGCUGAUACUGAUAGUGCAUCCCACACAAUGCGACGAUCUGAUUCGCCAGCUUCCAUGUCCAAACUCACUGAAAGCACGGCAAAUGAAGAAAGCAAGGAACGACCCAAUUUGGUUACUCUUUCGGAAUCCCCAAAGAAAGGGAGUAGUCAUUCUGAACCAGAAACUCCGGAAACAUGUACAACUUUUGGACGGGAUUUAGCUUGCUCGCCAAAAGAUAAUAAAAUGGUGGAAACAGUCAAGAUGGAAACGGCGUUUGUCGGGGAUAUUUUCAAAAAUCAAUCACCUUUAUCCAAUUCCAGAGGGGGUGCGGGGUAUUCGGCCCCUGCAGCUUCAAGUUCUAGUUCUGCUGUAAGGGCUUCAGCUCCAGCGUCUGGUGGAAAAGGACAUGGACGUACCCACCCAUCUACGUCCGAAUCCCCAGAGUCGGAGUGGCCAUCCCCACCUGAGCCUCUGACCCCGCAGACGCCUAACGUCCCCUUUGACAAUAUAGACUUUGACAGUGAUUCGCUGAGGCGGAUGCUUCGAUCACUUCCAGUGUCCCCUAUUGAAAAGGAAGACAACGAUCAAGGGUUUCAUGAAGAUCCCUAUAUAGAUAAUAGAGGACAAACACACCACCGACGUUAUCCUUCGGUGUCAAGAACAAAGAGUCUUAACAGUUAUGAUCGGGGUGGUUCUUCAAAGCCAUCGGUGCCGCACCAACCAUAUUCUGUUGGGUACCCUUGCAGAGAUGACUCAUUUGUAUCAAUGCUCAAGAACACAGAUCUGCCAAAAUCUAAACAGGCAAAAAUGCUUGUGGAAUACGAACUUCAUUUACGAAACAAGUGUGCCCGUGACAGUUAUCCAGAUAGUGGUAUUGGAGGGGUUGCAUCAGAAACUACUGGUUCAUUAUGGUCAGGGGAUAGCAGCAAGUCAGCUGGAGCAAACAAAGGUGCUGGAGCUCACAUACGCACAAGUGCUGGCAUAGGAAGUAGUGGCUGUGGUACAGCUGGUAAACAGAGUGAUUACAUAGUCCAGUUUGGGGAUGCUCUUGAUGUCAAACCAUAUCUUAGUAUUGAGCCCUCAGAUGACGAGCCAGGCGACAGUGAUAGUAGCAUACAUACCAUGACGUCCGAGUCACAGCUAUCGUAUGGCAAGCAGAGUGGUGCUAUUCGAAAGGCAGGAUGGCUGGUUGUCAAGAACUGGUUAAUCCAUAAAAAACGCAAAUUGGAACUUGCUCCUAAACGGAAUUGGAAGCGUUACUGGGUAUGUCUAAAGGGAACCAUGCUGCUAUUCUUUGACUGUGAUGAAGAGAGUGCUAUCACAGAAGAAAGUGCCCCAAGGCAUGUACUAGGUGUUCGUUACUUUUCAGUCAUCGAAGGCGGAAUAGCACAGGCCGUACCCGAACACCCCAAGAGGGAAAAUAUUUUCUCUCUCAGCACUGCAUUUGGAGAUGCUUACCUAUUUCAGGCACCAUCACAGAUAGAACUGGAGAACUGGAUCCGUGCCAUUCAUUCAGCGUGUGCAUCGCUGUUUGCAAGGCAGCAUGGGAAAGAUAACACCCUGAAGUUGCUUAAAAGUGAAAUUCAGAGAUUGGAAACCAACAUAGAUAUGGAUGUAAAAAUGAAAAAAAUGGCUGAACUUCAACUGACAGUAGUGACUGACCCCAAGAGCCGAACAGCAAUAGUGAAGCAGAUUAACCAAUGGGAAGAGAAUCUAGAAAAGUUGUUUAUAGAGCAGUAUCGGUUACGUUGUUAUAUGGCUUCACUUCAAGGAUCGGAACUUCCCAACCCAAAGAGUCUGCUAGCAAAUGUGUCCAAAUCAACAAAGGGAAUACUGGGCCGACUUGGCAUCUUCACCGUGACAUCAUUCCACGCUCUGGUCUGUGCUCGUUCUCCACCAACCAUGACUGCCAUGCAAGGGAAGACUCUGCCUGCGAAAAAAUCAACUCCUUAUGUUCCUAAGAGCAACGAACCACAAGGAGGAACAUUGGGACGACAUCCACAUCAAAUGGCCAAUCAAAUGCCACUUGCCCCACCUAGCCAUGUUGAAAAACAUUUACACAAAGAUUUUGAAAAAGAGCAACGAGAAGGUAGACAAACUCCUGAUCAACUUCCGAGUCAUCGUUCUGAUACCCCAGACAGUAGCGCUAAAGAAGGACUGUCAAAAAUCUCCUUACCACACAACCAGGUGACAGAUAGAGCAAACUGGAAGAAAAAAUGGUACAGCUUCCAUCCCAAAAGGCUGAUGUCACACAGUACAAUAUUGGUUGGAGUGGAUGAAAAGUCAACAGUUCAAGAUCUCCUGGAAUUUGUAUGCUCAAAACGAGGUCUUAGUACAGCUGAUCAUUUUGUGCGGUUACAAGUAUCUCAGGGCAAUUACAGCAUCCCACAUAGAUGUGAACUAAUAAAAAAGCUGAAAUAUGAAGCCAUUGAAGUCUGCCAGAAAAGUUUGUUCCAUAUUGAACUAACGAAAUCAGUCGCAGAUCCUGAAUUUGGCUUCCGAGUGGAGGCAGAAUUAUCAGAUCACUAUGAUAAGGAUGAUGAAUUACAAGUUUAUGUAUGUGAGAUCAAACCAGGAGGUUUAGCUCAUCGGAAAGGGUUGAUUCCUGGGGAUGAAAUUUUAAUCAUCAAUGGAAAGAUAGUCUCAGAGCUUGAUAUGGUAUUCAUUGAAGCCUUGCUUCAUGAAUCCCAUUCUUUAUGUAUGACGGUUCAAACCUGUCGUGUUCAGGUUCCAACUGUGGUCAAUGCAGGAGGGCCGUCAGCAGAUACCAAUGACAGCAUUAUCCAAAAUACCAUUGGCACUCCUCCACAGCCUAGAGACAAAGCCUUAGCUGAUUUGUCUGUAGGCUCUCCAGGUCGAGAUUCCAGACAGGGCACUUUGUCACCACGAAAAUCACCAUUACCACCAAAGCUCUCUCCAAAAGAGAUUGAUGUUCUUCUAAAGAAUACUGAGCAGGUGACUGCAAUGUGCCGUCUUCCUAAUGAACCUUACCAGUUUGGAGAAGCUCCUUCCAGACCCUUAUCUGAAGCACAGAAGUUAAGGAAGGUCAUCAUGGAACUUCUGGAAACAGAGCGUGCCUAUGUGAAGGACCUCAAUGUGUUGAUUGAGCGGUAUUUAAAUCCUCUGAAGGCAGAGACACUCUUGACAUCGGAUGAGAUAAUGCAGUUGUUUGGUAAUAUCCAGGAGAUUGUUCAAUUUCAGGAACAAUUUCUGCAAAGUUUAGAAGAAGCCAUAGAGCUAGGGGGUGACUUCUUCACCCUUGAUGACCCAAAGAAAUUUCGGGAUGAAGAACUCAGGCGUGUUCUGUUUUCUCUGGGUGGCUCUUUUCUGUAUUAUGCCAACCAUUUCAAGGUGUACAGUUCCUUCUGUGCUAGUCAUUCAAGGUCGCAAAAGAUCCUCAACCCAGACGCUAAUGCAGCCUUGAAGGAAUUUCUAUUGGCAAGAAACCCCAAGCAACAACACUCUUGCACUUUAGAGUCAUUUUUAAUUAAACCGAUCCAGCGAAUUUUGAAAUAUCCACUUCUAUUACAACAGCUGUGCCAACUGACUGAUCCAGAGACAGACGAACAUUACCAUCUCUCAGAGGCCCUUCGUGGAAUGGAAGCUGUAGCAGAACAUAUCAAUGAGAUGCAGAAAAUUUAUGAGGAGUAUGGUUACUCUUUCGAUGAACUAUCUCGUAUGUACAAAGAACAUCAUCCACACAAUAAACCGGUAGACUUGAGUGUUGGAGAACUGCAAAUGUAUGGGACUGUACAAUGGUGCAAUGCUAUAGAUUUCCUUGGGAAGAUCAAGAAAGGGACAGACCUGGAGAAUGUUGUGUUCGUUUUUAAAACUGGAAUUGUCUUUCUGUGCCGUGAGAGGGUAAAGAGAAAAUUGAAGAAGAGUAGUAACAGCCGGAAUGCUCCAAUGUCUGAGGGCUAUGAUGCCAUACCCCGUUUCCGCACCCUAAUCCCUGUACAUGAGGUGCAAGUUGUGAGCGGCUCACGGGCAGAUUGUGAGAGGCACUAUUGGUGGCAGCUAAUCCAUUCCAAGUCUGAGGUAGAAGGCCGGCCAGAGAGGCUGUACCAAUUUUGCAACUGCACAUCUGAGGCUAAAACGGAUUUCAUGAAAGUUAUCAGACAGACUAUUAGAGACAGUGUUCGAAAAAUGGCCGUGCCAUCAGCACGGCAGACUGCCAAAACCAAAUACAUUCCAUUUGGUGGUAAGCGGCUUGAGUGUCUGGGAGCUAAUCCACGCACUCUCAGUAAGAUGCGUGGUGGAUUAAAGGCUCCAGAGGUCGAGAGACAUUCAGUGGAUUUUGAGGAAAACUUCAACAACUGCGAGUACGACAGCAUGUUUAGGACAAGAAGCAAAACAAUAGGCAACCUGAAUGAGGUGGCACAAGGAGAAGACAAGAAUGAGAAAAUAGCUGACCAGGUACCAGCCCGACCAGCUUCAUCUAUUGCUAACCCUUAUAGCACAGCGCCUCAUGGAAUGUCUAGCCGGCAUCUAAGAGCUGCUGCACGAGAGCAGUCAGGUUCUAGGCCAACCUCACCAAGGCCCACCAGUGGGUCCCCAGUUUGGAAACCACGCCAGGACCCCAGUGGCUUUGGCAUUUCAGGUACAAACAAACCGGGGACACCAACGCAAGUUCUGCCCUCACAUGCUGUUGCCAGUGCACUAAGCAGCUCUGAGGCUUCAACACCAACCACAUCAUCAGCAUAUGGAGAUUACUCUGAUGUUGUCUACCGGGCUGAUACCCCUAGUCGGGUGAUCACGCACCAGCCCUCCCAUUGCAUCGCCUACAAGGACACUGAGUGCUGAGCCAGAAGAAUGGGAAUUGAUUAAUCAAUUAAUUAACCAUAGUAACACAUCUUUAACAUCGCAGGGAAAUUAAAACAAAGAAAAUAAUUAAUUUCCCUGGAAUAGUGUGGGUUUUUUUUCUUCAGUAUUUGUUGAAAAAGAAAAGAAAGAACAACAAAAAAAAACCCCAAAGACUGUGUGUUUCUUCUGAGUCAUGUUUUCAAUGUACUCCACGACUGAUGAACACUGGGAGUUGCUGGAGCAAGUAUUCUCUCUCUCUCUCUCUCUCUCUCCCCCUCUCUCUCUCUCUCCCCUCCCCUCUCUCUCUCAUCUGCUGUCACACAAAUGUACAUACACACAUUCACAUGUGCAUAUAUGUGUGUGUAAUGAGAUGAGACAUCAUGUAAAGACAUUUAUUUAUUUAUUUUAUUUAUUUAUUUAUUUAUUUAUUACUGUUAAUUAUGUCAUAUUUUCAGUAAAAAAAUCCCAAUGAGAUUAGUGAUGUUGUAUCAAUGGUGAUAAAUGACAUGUAACCUACAUGUUCUAUAAUGAUAACUGCAUAGAUACAUGCAAGGUGAACAACUCUUUCAAUAUACUUAGUAUAUUUAGUUAGUGGGUUUUUUUCUCAAUAUGCACAAUGGAAACUAAUGUAAAACCUCACAGCCAUAGAAUUAGC